CUCGAGUAUCCCCUCCUGCCGAAUUCUAGGGUUUCCAGUUGGUCAUCUAGCUUACCUUGUUCGAGUAGCCGACGAUCAUGGGUCACUCUAAUGUCUGGAAUUCUCACCCCAAGAAGUACGGGCCUGGAUCUCGUACCUGCCGUGUGUGCGGAAACUCUCACGGGUUGAUCAGGAAGUAUGGUCUGAACUGCUGCAGACAAUGCUUCCGCAGCAAUGCCAAGGAAAUUGGAUUCAUCAAGUACCGUUGAAGAAUUCAAGUGCCGAUUGAUGUCAUUAAGCAGAUGAUGAUCAAUGGAUCGGCUCAUUUAGUUAUGUUAUUGAAUCGGAUUGAACCUUUUUUUUAAUGGUGCUUUUAAGGUAUUGAACCUUUCAGAUUUUGGUCUAAGUUUUAGUUAUCUCCUCCAAUCUAUGUCUCAACUUUCAUAUUCCUAUACUAUUAGUUAUCAUGCGGCAUCUGAAUCUGAAGUUUGUGUUGUGGUUUGUUCGA